AUGCGACCUCUGCUUGGUGUCCUAGUGCUUCUCCGGCCAGUACUUGGGACCCUGACAGCAGAGGUAGUCCCCCGAGCCGACGCAACAACCUGCAACGGGCGAUCAGAGUUAUGCUCACGGUCCUACUCCAAUAUCACCUUCGUGGGCUCGCAUGACUCUGCAUUUGUGGGAGAACUUCCCCAGCAGAACCAGAACAUUGAUAUUACGGCGCAGUUGGAAAUGGGUAUUCGCUUCCUCCAAGCGCAAACACACCACUCGCUUCUAGGUGACGAAUUGGAAUUGUGUCACACGUCUUGUCUACUGGAAGAUGCGGGGACCCUGGAGUCAUUCCUCAGUACUGUGAAGAGCUUCCUAGAUGCCAAUGCGAACGAAGUUGUCACUCUCCUGCUCACAAAUGGUGACUCUGUCAAUAUCACCGAGUUUGGCAGCGCCUUCUCAAGCAGCGGGAUCGAUAGCUACGCAUUUGUGCCAUCGGCGAACCCGUUGCCGAUUGGCGACUGGCCAACAAUCGGCGAAUUGAUCUCAAGCGGGAAAAGACUAGUAGUUUUCCUAGACUACGGCGCCGACACGAGCAAAGUAAACUACAUCCUCGAUGAAUUCGCCUACUACUUUGAGACCCCCUACGACGUUACCGAUUCGAGCUUCUCCAGCUGCAGCAUCGACCGACCUUCUGGGGCCUCCGCCUCCGGCCGGAUGUACAUUGUCAAUCACUUCCUCGACGUGGACAUUUUAGGAGUGAAGAUCCCAGACCGCGGGGCUGCAAGCACAACGAAUGCGGCGACUGGUAAGGGUAGUAUCGGCGCGCAGGCGGCAGAAUGCGAGGGACUAUAUAGCCGGGCGCCGAAUGCCGUGCUGUUGGAUUUUGUGGACAAGGGAAAUGUUAUCGAGGCUCAGAAUGAGUUGAAUGGGUUUUAA